AUGGAUCCAAUUUUGGAAGGUUAUAUUGAAGAAUCUGAAGGAACUGAAAUAAUUUCAAAUCCUCAACACUAUUUGGUGGCCGAGGAUCAAGUUUAUAUAAACAAGCAAACUAUAUCGGAAGUUAUGAAGCGAUAUGCAUUUCUAAGAGAGUUUUGUUUCAUUGCAAAAAGAUCAAGUCCUACCUGGAUCGGACUCAAUCAAAGCGACAAUCAACAAGCGGUGUGCCUGGGGCAAUGUUGGUUGAAAAGUCACAUCUUGCCGCUUGCAUACGAAAUAGUUGAUUCAGAAAAUGAUGAUUCAUGGUUAUGGUUUUUUGAGAAUUUUAAAAAUGCAUUCGGUGAAAGGAAAGAUAUGUGCUUUGUUUCUGAUAGAAAUAAGAGCAUUUGGAAUACUACUGCAGUUGUUUAUCUCGAAUUCAGACAUUACGCAUGCAUAUACCAUCUAUGGACCAAUUUACUAAAGAAAACAUACAGAGAUACAGAAGAGAUUAGAACACUAUUCUUCAGUUUAGCAAAAGCUUACAUUGUUCAAGAGUUUGAUGAAUUGAUGAAAAGAAUGGAUCAAAUUAAUUCAAAAUACCGUGCUUAUCUACAAAAAGCAAAUUAUGAGAAAUGGUCACGCACACAUUCACCAGUAAAAAGGGCUUGGACACUAACAAGUAACAUUGCAGAGUCACUAAAUAACGUUAUUCUUGUUGGAAGAAGGUUACCAGUGGUACCAUUGUUGAAAUUUGUUAAACAAACAGUUGAAGCUUGGAAUGAGAAACACAACGAAGAAGGUAGAAAUAUUACAACAACCUUGACAAGUAAAUACAAUGAUAUGUUGGAGGACAAUAGAAAUUUGUCUCAUCGUAUGCUUGUACGCGCAUCAACAAUACACCUUCAUACCAUUACAAAUGGUGCAAAGAGGUUUACGGUAUGUCUGAAUACACGAAUGUGUAGUUGUGGCAGAUUUCAACAUGAUGAGAUCCCUUGUAGUCAUGCACUUGCAUCAAUCAGACAUAGGAAUAAACAUCGCGAUGAUUAUUGUUCAGCUUAUUAUAGUAAUAAGAAUUAUCAAGAUACAUAUGCAAUACCAAUUGAACCCUUGCCUUGCCAAAGCACUUGGGAUGUUCCAUCACAUGUCUUGGAAGAGGUAGUAUUACCACCAAUUACAAGAAAGCAACCAGGCAGACCUCCAAAAAAUGAUCGCAAAAAGGGAUUCACCGAAGAAGAGGGAAAGAAGAGGAAAGUAACUUGUAGUGAAUGUGGUAUAGUUGGGCAUAACAAGAAGACUUGCCCAAAAAAAACUCAUGAUAAUUAG